AUGAAGACUGAAGUCUCCCACCCCCAUUCCUCUCCCUUCCUACCCAGGAGAGGCAGUCUAGGAGGCAGUCUGGAGGAGUCUGGGGACCCCUGUACCCACCUCCAGUAUGCAAAAUGGGAUGGAGGAGGCAGAGCAGAUAUAACUAUACUCUUCUCCAUUGGGAAGGCCAAUUUGUCAAGGGCUGCCCAAGUCUUUGAGUCCUUUGAAGCUAAAAUCCACCAUCUAGAAACCAGGCCUGCCUCCAAAGCCAAAAAUGCUUUGCACCAUCUGGAAGUUUUUAUGAAGUGUGAAAUCCAAAACUCGAGCAUCAGUCUGCUUAUCAGUUCCUUGAAGAAAGUGGCUGAUGAUGUAAAAAUUCACUGGGAAGAAAAAGCCCCUUGGUUCCCAAAGAAGAUUCGCGAUCUUGACAAAUGCCAUCACAUAAUUACCAGUUUUGAACCUAACCUGAACCAUGACCACCCAGACCACCCUGACCUGCAAUACAAGAAACGAAGGGCAGAAAUCAUGAAACUGGCUUUCAACUACAGAGAUGGAGACCCUUUGCCAAGAGUUGAGUACGCACCCCAAGAGGUUUCUACCUGUAUCUACGAAAUCUUAUACGAAAACUCCUCUUGGCACUCAGAGAGAACUGGUUUUCAACUGAAACAGGCUGCAGGACUCCUGUCUGCUUAUGACUUCCUUGCCAGCCUGGCCUUCCGUGUAUUCCAGAGUAUCCAGUACAUGAGACAAUCCUCCUUCCCCAUGCAUUCUCCAGGACUAGAUUGCUGCCAUGAACUGUUGGGUCACAUUACAAUGCUAUCAGACAAAGAAUUUGCCCAUUUCUCACAGGAUAUUGGCCUUGCUUCACUCAGAUAGUGUGACAUUGACAUUGAAAGACUGGCCACAAUAAGUAGGCAUUUCAGAUUUCUAGUCUAUUGGUUCACUGGGGAAUUUGGUCUCUGCAAACAGAGUGGGACCAUCAGGGCUUAUGGACCUGGCCUUCUUUCAUCCUAUGGGGAGCGGAUGCACGCUUUAUCAAGCAAGCCAGAACACAAGCCGUUUGAACCUGAAGUUGCUGCGGUCCAGCCCUAUCAAGACCAGGCCUUCCAGCCCAUUUAUUUUGUGUCAGAAAGUCUAGAAGAUGCCAAGGACAAGCUCCAGAAAUAUAUUCAGAAGAUCCAGAAACCCUUCUUGGUCCACUACGAUCCUUUCACUUGCAGUGUCGAUGUUGUACACUCAGUCCAGCAAGUCAAGAUGGUGUUCCACCAAGUGAAAGCAGACCUGGAGCAUCUUCAUGGCACACUUGGAGAAAGCAGCUUAAGCUCCCGCUGGGAUAUCUUCCAACUUAUCAACAUCCUCCUGAAACCAUGA